AUGAAUCUAGACCCAGCAGUGACCGAAAUAGGAAGCAAGAAUCUAGAGGAGCAUGAAUCUAGAGUAGCCAAUGGCCGCUACAGGGAGCAUGAAGCUAGAGUAGACAGUGGCCGCUACAGGGAGCAUGAAUCUAUAGUAGACAGUGGCCGCUACAGGGAGCAUGAAUCUAGAGUAGACAGUGGCCGCUACAGGGAGCAUGAAUCUAUAGUAGACAGUGGCCGCUACAGGGAGCAUGAAUCUAGAGUAGACAGUGGCCGCAACAGGGAGCGUGAAUCUAGAGUAGACAGUGGCCGCUACAGGGAGCGUGAAUCUAGAGUAGACAGUGGCCGCUACAGGGAGCUUGAAUCUAGAGUAGACAGUGGCCGCUACAGCGAGCAUGAAUCUAGAGUAGACAGUGGCCGCUACAGGGAGCAUGAAGCUAGAUUAGACAGUGGCCGCUACAGUGAGCUUGAAUCUAGAGUAGACAGUGGCCGCUACAGGGAGCAUGAAGCUAGAGUAGACAGUGGCCGCUACAGGGAACAUGAAGCUAGAUUAGACAGUGGCCGCUACAGUGAGCUUGAAUCUACAGUAGACAGUGGCCGCUACAGUGAGCUUGAAUCUACAGUAGACAGUGGCCGCUACAGUGAGCUUGAAUCUACAGUAGACAGUAGUCGCUACAGGGAGCAUGAAUCGUGA